AUGAUUAAAUAUCAAUUACUAUUGGUAUCAGUCUGGACAACAUCUGUAGUCCUGGGCCUCAACCUUCAAUUUGAUGAGUUCUACUCCAAAUCUUUUGUACCCAAUGACAUAAUUGUCAGUUACAGCGUGGAAAAUAUGGAGAUUUUUAAUUAUAAUAUGACUGUCAAGGAGCAUUUUCCCGGCAAAUUGCUUAUGCACAUCUUUGCUCGAAAGCUGGACAAUUCGCCGGGGGGUAAAAACAGUGUUGAAAUGCUGAAAAUGAAGAAUUUAGAUUUCUGCAAGACACUCGAGUCCCUGCGCAAUAUGACAUUAGAUGAUUUUCCUGGCGAAUCCCUGAUGCCAUCAACAUUUUUAAUAUCCUGCCCACUGACACCGGGUUUCUACUACGUGGACAAAGGAUUUGUUGAUGUCACUCAAGUUCCAUUGCGCAUUGACGAUGGCAGAUACUUUCUGCAAUUCGAACUUAUUCAGAUCUAUGAUGAGGUUAUCAAGUUAUUGAACUGCAAAAUCAGGUUGAGAAAGACUACAGUCGAAUCGGCGCUGCAGUUGGAGCAUUAAAUUAUAGUUAAGGAGCGUGAAGAGUUAAGAUUUGUUAAUACCCUCAUAAGAAAAAAA